AUUCUUAGUAAUAUUUCUUCUUUAAUUAGGGCUGAAUAUUGGAAGUCUCAACCCAGGAAGCUGUGUGACUUUUGCAAGUGUUGGAUUACAGACAACAAACCGGUAACUUAUAAAACAUCUGUCUUUCCAGCGCCAGAGAAGUUUAAAUCCAGUAUUAACUAGUUAAUGGUUGAUAUGAGGUGAUAUUUGGACCAAUGAUUGAUCUGAAUAGAGAUUUUUUAACCUGUUUGCAUACAUCUUAAUCUCGACACCCCUUCCUUUACUUUUUUAGCUUCAAAUUUUAUUAGGACACAAAUAAUUUCAUCUAAUUACAGGUCAAUACAAUAAUGCUUGGGUGAUCAUUGUCUUAAAUCUCAUGACUUAUUUCCUAGAUUAUCACCUAAUAUCGAACAUUAGGAGAAAUGAUACUGAUCAGGGCCAGGGCAUAAUUGGUUAAAAUACUGCAACUAAGCGCACACAACAACAACACCGAAACCUGUAAAGAUUGUUAUGUUAUUUUGUAAGUUGUAAACAUUGCAUGUUAAUUUUUACCAGUCAUUUAUGAGAUGCUGCUCCUCUGCUAGUACAGUCAAACCUUCAUGUGCGACUGCUUCUCUUAUCAACCACCUCCUAUAAUUGCGACCACUUAUCUAGCUUGCGUAGCAGGCGUCGAAAGGGGUAGGGGGUAGGGGAUAAGGAGGAAGGGAAAAAGGGGAGGGGGAUUGGGGAGAGGGGGAGGGGACGCCUGCUCUAAGAACCCCCUUUUGUUCAUAUCUGCGGACGCUGGCGUCCGCAAAUUCCUGAUUGGCUGAGCCGUAAUGAGUAGCAUAUUGAAAUGCGCGUUUCACAAAUCAACAAACAGUCGAGAUGGCAGCGGUAGACGUGGAUGUCAUAGAGAGUGCUUUGGGAGAUGUGAAUUUAUCUAGUGGUAGAGAAACUGUUUUAAAACCAGAGCAAGAAUCAGCAGUAAGGGCUCUUUUAGCCGACAGAGAUGUUCUGGCGGUUUUGCAGACCGGAUAUGGCAAGAGUUUAAUUUACCAUAUGUUUGUACGCGUGAAGAACUACGAGCUAAAUGGUAAUGCGGCGAUUAGCUAAGUCAUUUCGCCACUGAAAAGUAUUAUCGAAGACCAGUUGCAGGAGAUGGAAUUGUUGGGCUACCCAGCUGGGUAUAUUAUGCUCUGGAAGGUUCUGCAUUUAUACUGGGCAAAUAUUAUUUUAGCCGCAUGUUUCACACUGAGAGGUCAUGACAUACAUAUCGAUUGACUGUAGUUAUUGUUUUCUGGUCGGCAGGAUUUGCCUUCUGAUGUAAGCGCAAUUUCUUUGACCUCUUCUGAAGCGUAAAGUUUUUUUUAUUACGGCUGCAUAAGGGUUCCAAUUUUCUCCAAAGUGCCUUCUGGAUCUGAAUAACUAAGCGAAUUUCUUUAGUCCGUGAGUGUAAUGUUUUUCUGCAAUGGCGAGUGUAGCGACACUUGAUUGACAGUAAGCGUAAUCAGAUUACUAGAAAAUUGGUAGGCGUUAUGCAAAAACAUAGGCUCUUAGAGCAGGCGCUCCCUUCCCUUUUACCUUUCUCCCUCCCCCCUCCCCUUCCCCUUUUUGUGCUUGCCACGCAGGCUACCACUUAUCUAAAACACCAAAAUUUUCUCAGUCAAAUCCUUAUGGUUGGAACCUCUUGUAAACGCCCACCUCGCGUAAGCGAAUGUGACCACUUCUUAGGAUGAUGGUUUUAGAAUUUUCCCUUGUUUGUAAUCUCUUCUAAGUGACUGUCUGAUCUUUGUGUUCACUGUAUGUGUUAUGCCACUCAGAGUAUGAGAAGAACUUUUAGAAACAACAUGGAUUUACAUUAUGUUGUAACCUAAAAGCUGCAUGCAAUACUUCCUUUCCAAAAAGUACAUUUUCACCUCUUGCUGGUGGACUCUUGUAAGCGACCACUAACUCUUCUCAUUUUGGGUGGUUGUUUUGGGUGCUGUGGCUGAUUUUCUUUACUAGGUCUCAUGUAAUUAUCAGUAGCCUUAGGACUAUAGAGCAAACCAAGGAAAUAACACCCUAACCCUCAGAACAAAUGGUAAAGAUGAAAAGCUUCUUGAUUAGUGAUGGCACCGCAAAAUAUCUUAGCUAUUUAAAAAUCACAUUUGCUGAAAGUGUCCAUUCAAUGAAGAUUCUCACAGGGUUGGUCCAUACUACAGAAUACUUUCCCUAAUGCAGAUGUACAAUGGUUUAUUCCCUAGAAAAGUAUAAUGAACAUUUACUACUUGGGUAGGGAUUACAUUUGGAGCUCGGAAUUUGGUUUUCAUGACACCAUGCAUUUUUAAUGAUUUUGACACCAUGCAGCUAUUAUUGAUAGUGUUUUUAAUAGAUUUACUUUAUAAAAACCUUAUAUAGCUAUUGGAAUUGAGUGCUAUAAAAAUGUGUUAUUGUAAUCCUUUGUUAGAGAACAAAAUAUAUUUUUCCUGCAAACAUUUGCUAACUGAUGCCUUUCUUUGUCACUUUGCUUUAGAGUAUAGAGUUUCACGAGAGAGGCAAGAAACACAAAGAAAAUGUUCAGAGAAGAAUUGAAGAGGUCAGUGAAUAAUUGCACAUGAGGUAGUUAUUUUUAAAGAAAUUUGGCUGCUACAUCAGAUUAAGAAUAGCAAAGUGUCAAUGACAUGUCCUAUUCAUGAUCAGUCACUGUUAACAAAAAUCCUAUUCAGGACUACACUCAUCCAUACCUUUUUAUGAGGUGUCAACUAUGGUACAUGUAAUAAACAUCAUUAGCCACCACUAUAUUGUCACCAUCAGCUUUUGAUUCUGGGUGUCCAGAUGGUGGCUGGUUAUUAGUAUGAAACUGUGUGUCAUAAAAUUAAUAUUGUCCACAUUGUGUCCCUCGUGGGAAAAAGUUAACUUUUGAGGUGCACAACAUUUUGCCAUAUUUUGUGUAAUUUUUGCUUUGUUUAAUUUAGAUUUAAAUUUCUCACAUUUUCAUAGGGGUAACUAAAUGUAAAUUUUUUCAUUAAGGUGGGAAAUAGCCUCUUGAUCAUGAAAGAUAAAUUUGUAGUCAGUUGAUUCUGUUAAGGUGUAGUUUAUUCGUUUCUUUGGGUUUUAUUUGCUUGCAAUGUUUAUUGUUUGUCACAGGUCAGGAAGAAAAGUAGAGAAGUUGGCAAGGCUGAAAAACAACUGCAAAUGGACCUUGCAGCUAUUGAAGCAGUUAGUCUACAUUUUAUUGAUACUUCUAUUGAUUAAUAUCUCUUUCUGUAGUUUAUGCAUUGGCUCUGUUAUUGACCUGACAUACAUUUCUUUCACGGUUCAUCACUGUUGUCAAGUGCUCAUAGAUACUUAGUUAGAUGUCUUAAUACUGUUUAUUACAGGUGCACUGGGUAAAAGACAAGUGUGGGCCUGUUUUUGGUAACUGAAUACUUGAAACUGUUAUUGGCAAAUCUUAAAGUUGAUGUCAUCAUGAUGACCUUUAUAAAAAGGUCACCUCUAUUAUAUAUUAGCAGAAACUCAUAAGGGGUUGAAACUUGUAACUCUCAUGACAUAUGUUUGCUUUGUCCGAUGCUCGUGAUUAUUCAUUUCGAAAGUGCCAUAUUUGGAACGAGAAGAAGAGAUAACUGACCAAUCAAACUUCGUAAACAACGUGACGUAAUUUUACUUCAGGUUUCCGCGCCCGCUUAAAAAAAUGGCCGACAAACGGGGAAAAACUCCCGAAGCUGAGAAAGCUUUCAAAGGUUGAGACCAGGAAUCUUACCAAAACACUGAGCAGGAUAUUAUUGCCUUACCACCAGGGCCAAACGUAACAUUAUGAAACCUAUUGACGUCCUCACAACUACUUGAAGUUGUCACUUCAAAAAACGAUGCCUUGUUGACCCUCUGCACAGUAAACUUAUGCUGCAAAUAGGCUUUUAAAAUUCUUAUAUUAAAAGUCUAGAAUAAACUGUUAAAAAUAUUUUCGAAUAAAUUCAUUAGCUGCAUAUCGAAAAGUGUCCAAAACCUGAACCUGACAUCUUCGCAAUAAGUGAUGAGUAUAACGAAUGUGAGAAGCAUUUAAGCUUAAAUUCAGCUUGGAUGUUGUAGUCAUGAUCGUGUUUUGAGCUAAUUUUAUGAAUGAACAAACUCAAAACAAUAGACAGAUAAGCCGUUUCUUGAAAAUUUACUGUAAUGUGAUGUGGACCAUGAACCAGCAUUGUUAUCUGGCUGCAGCGUCGGGAUUUGAAUUUGUUUAAUACUUUCUUUCCAGGCAACUUUGAUCAUUGGUGAAAAUAAUUAUAUCAUUUAUCUUGUGUGACCUCUAAAUCACACAACAGCUAGUUUCUUCUUAAACUUAAACUCAAAGGUCAAGAAUAAAGGUAGUUAUCUUCAAAGAAAAAUGUCAUAAUUUUAUAAAUUUUAAUUAUUUUUUCCUUUAUCAGCAUGAUUAUAAUAAAAAGAAGUAUUUAUAUCCAUUACUGCAUUUUGAAGAGUAAAUAAUGUUUUUUUAAAAAUAAAACUUUUAGGUAGACUUUAACUUGCUAAUCCCUUUGCAAUAAGUGUGAUUUUGUUUUUUCAUUUGUAGGCUGCCCUUAAGGCUUAUCAGAAAGAUCUGAAUAUACAAACUCCUUCCUCCAAGUCUGAAACCACAGAGGAGUCUACAACAAAAACAGAAGAAAAUGAAACCUGUUCUAAAGGAGAAACUACUGCAGGUAUGUGUGUAGUGUGAUUUUUAAGAAAAAAAAGAACAUUGAUAUUAGCUAAUUUUAAUUAAAAUAGUUUGACCUGUAAUAAAAAGAAGCGUAACUUGAAUUCUAUGCAAAAUUGAACCACAACAUAAUAAUAAUAAUAAUAAUAAUAAUAAUAAUAAUAAUAAUAAUAAUAAUAAUAAUAAUAAUUAAAAAUACUCUACAUUAUUUCCUUCUUGAAAGCAUUGUUUUCAAAUUUGCAAUGUCAUAAACUUUACUUUGCAUACAAUUCAAUUUGGCCUAAGAUUUUUUGUAAAUUAAGGUUUGGCCAUGACAUUAAUUUGACAAUUAAACUUGAUGUGAAUUUUUAGUUGUUCUAACAUACAAUUUUGUUCAGUAGACAUUGGUGGAUGGUUGUUAAUUUAACUGAUUCUUUGGCAGCCAAUAGUCAGUCAAGCAUUUUAACUUAUAUAUAGGUCUUCAUUUUUUAUUAUUGACUGGUUAUCACUAUAUAAUGACCUUAUGGGGGGAUUAAAUCUGAUGGUGACAUGAUACUUGGCCAAAAUAAUAAGUAACCAGCCAUCAGCAAGAAUACACUCCUUCUGUUGUUCAAUAAUAUUAUACCAGCCAACUAUGAAACAAUGGUCUGUUAGUCACUUGUUGUUGUUAUAUCAGACCCCAUGCACUUCCCACAGUAUUUACAUGAUUUGGCUAAUGGUUGUAGGUAAAACCAAUCUCAGGUUAAAUCAAUAUUUAACCUAGUUUGGCUCAGACAACCUUAAUUUAGGAAACCCUAGUUUAACAAGAGAACAGAUUUUUCCUUUAACUUACAUACCACUUGAAAUUGGACUUAGUAAGUGGACAGGCAAUGUGCCAACAGGCUAUACAUGAACCCUUUGCUUUGUUUAAGACACCUUUGAACAUGUUUGUGUUUCUUGCAGCCUGCUUUGUUUCAUAUGAAGGUAGUUUAGCCACCAUGACCUGCACUCAUGGCUGGAAUAUUUGGCAAACACCUGAAGGCUAUUAUUACUAUUACAACACAGCAACACAAGGUACAAUGUAAUAAACUUAAUUGGGAGAUUAUUGAUAACUAUAGACAGUACUAGCUGAACUGAGUAUAGUGCAGUUUAGAAAAGUUAGGCCAACUCUGGACUCCUGUAACUACAGCUCACAAAUAUCAGUCUUAAAAAUUCGGCUUUGAGCUUUUCAGUAUAAUAAAGGCUAACAUUUGUAUGGAGCUGGGCUGCACUCUCCUGUGUUCUGUACUGUAUGAUUGCAUCAUUGUUCACAACAAAAAUUGUCUGGAGGCUGCCUGGUUGGUUCUGUGCAAGUAUAAGGUGGCUGCGUUACCUCUAGAAUAGGGUAGGUUGAUGAGCAGGGGUAUGGGAGGGGGAUGGGUAUUGCAAAUGUAAGAAACUCCUCACAUCAUAUGAAGAAGUUGGCAUCUUUAAAUCACUAGUUAUUGAAUUUGAUUUCCACUCUCGAUAACCUGUCACUUGCUCAGGGAAGAAUGAUUUGAAAUAAUUUUAGUUAAAAGUUUGUGAAAUAGGAAUGUCCAUGUAGAGAAUAAUGCUAAAUGUACAAACCGGGUGUUAGUUACUUGCCUUUGGCGAAAUAAGAAAUUCUGAGACUCCAGUAGUAAUUUAUCCCAGUUAUUGAUUCCUCUUAGUUAGGAAGAGGAAAGUUUUCUUUUUCAAGAUCUCAGGUAACACUUUGUCGGUUAGUAUCAAUCAUCACAUGCUCUGUGACUGUUCAUUUAACCUCCAACCAGUUAUAUACUAUUAAAGUAUAAGCCCAAGUAAGCUUAAUUGCUAUUCCAGAACUUUUACCCAUUAUUUGUUCCAGUCUGUAUGUCUGUACAUAGCUCACCAUUUUAUUCUUAUAUGUACAUGUAAGAGUGGCCAUGAGGCCAGUGCCAGCCAAGGUUUCAUUUACAUGAUCAAGCAACUCAACAUGAUUCCUUUUUUGUUUUUCUUUAAGUAACGCAGUGGGAAUCUCCAUCAUGUUUGGUGCCAACAGCACCACAGAAUACAAGGUAUGCUAUUUUAAUAUUUUAUCUUUCAUUGUUUCGAACUUAUCAUUAUUAUUACUGUUAUUUUUUAUUAUUUUGACCGUGACACUUGAAGUCUUCUUAUCAAGUUGUUCUUUUUUCGUUCAUGAUAUUCAUUGUUUGUAAUAAUUUUUAUAAAACUUUCAGCCACACAGAGGAAAAUAAACCUACAAGUGAGGGUCCCCAAGUUGCUCUUCAACAUGUAAGUUUUAAAUUUAUGCUGUAAACCAGGUCUGCUAAAAAGCGAAAUAAAUAACAAAAGCGAUUUCUAAAAAAAGAUUAAAAUAUGAAGUCAACAAAUACCUUAUCUCCUUGCAGGUAAAUAGAAUACUGUGUUACGGUUAUUAUCUUAUUUUCUAAUCUAUCAACUGCCCUUUGUCUUCCCUACUACAUUUUGAACUCUGUGCUUAGCACCUUGUUUACUCUAUAAAAUUCUGCCUGUUUUAGGCUUUUUUGAAUGUGGAGAGUGACAUGUAAUCGAGACCGGAGAAAAACAAAAAAGCGUAAGAGAAGGAGAGGGACCUACACCCCCUUGCUGGUUUUCCAUUCUUUGCGCUGUCGUCACUACACACCCAUAUCUGAAUGCCUGGUCAGGCUACUCUAUAAAUAAACAUAACUGAUAAAAUAACACAGACUAUGGUUAAAUAUUAAAUGUUAUCACAGGAAUCACAGGAAAAUCUCUGACUUUGAUUGAAUUGUUCCACCUCAGGGUUAUGUCAGUCUAUUAGGUGUAAGAAAGGGGUUGAUGCAUGGGCAGUCAAACCAUCUUGGAUUUGCCCUGCUGCUGGGAAUCAUGACCACAUACAUGGCAUAAUUAUUGAUAAAUUUUCACUGAUAAGUCAAUAAAAGCUACCGGUUUGCAUUGAUACAUUGACUGUGAAAAAAAAGAAAGUUAGUUUAUUUGCCUGUCCGUGGGGUUUCCUGUUGCUAUCAAUAGGAAACUCAAUGGACCGGCAAAUAAAUUAACGUGAAUCAACUUUCAACACACCAGAAGUAUGGUUGUAACAAAUUGUGUAAACGUGUUGAUUUAAUACUAUUGAGGUUCUCAGACUUUUAGUCUCGUGAAUAAGCUCUUAUUUGCUUUAUUUAUUUGUAGAAAAGCGACAAAAGUAAAACUAGCGAAACGAAAAAGGAGGAGGCGAAGAACUCUCCUUACGGACAAUGGACUACAGUGCAAACAUUCCAACCCUUACUGGACACGUAAGUCUUGAAAACUGGUGAGCUUAUUGGAAAAAAAAAUGACGGGGAGGUCGCGGCAGGAACAUCGAGGGUGUCUUUGUAAGACUAGUGGGAUCAUGCUCGCUAUGAUCUGAGAUCUUAGUUCAGAUGACUGCGGUAUUGGGCGAUGAGGUAAAGGCGUUGGCAUUGUCUCCUUUUGGGCAUGGUGUAGAACCAGCCUCCCCCACUAACGCGUGGCGAAUCAGUUAGAAUGUCUGCUAGGAUUUCUGUAAAGUAAAAGAGUACUUGACGCUUCACCAUCACAACAUCGUAUUAUAUUUUAUCCUUUCUGUUUCUAGAAAAAAGGAAAAUUCGUCAAAUGGUAACGAUGAAAAGCAAGUCCCUACGGGGGAGUCUAUUCCAAAGGAAGUCAAAUUCAAGGAGCGCUCAACUCCCAAAAUCACUUUCCGUUCAGAUGGCGCCGGCAGUGAAGUUGCAUUCAAGAAACGGAAACUCAACCCUGGGAAGAAAAGGAACGUACGACAGACAGAUCCCAACAAAAUAGAUUGAACCACAUCUGUCUUUAUCAAAGGAAGUGCGGUUUUUGGUAGAAAAAAACCAAAACGCUUUUAAUUACACCCCGUACUACAGAAGACCAAAAGGGCCUGGGAACAACUCAUGACAAGUGCCACUUGUCCGUUCCUGAAAGCACCUACUUCAACAGAGAUAAGACUGGCGCCGAAUCAGCGUUUUGGAAUGCAGAUGCCGAGGUAUUAUUUCAGCGGAGAUGGAGUAACGUCUCUUAUUGAGUAG